UAACAUCCUCCGGUAGGGAAACUAGAUGGACGGUUCUGAAUGACAUAUCCUCUGCCACGUGUACCAUAUUUGGUGCCAAGGGCUGUACCGUAUUACUGCCUUUUCAUACGCAGCAUUAUAUUAGCAAAAGCCAGACUUUUUCUUUUAUAAGAGAAAGGAAACCAAGAUCCAAGGAGGGGGAGAAGGAAAAGGAAAAACAUCACAAAAUCGGUUCUUGUUAAUUCCCUUGAGGUUCCUGUCAUGGCAUCUAACUUGUCUACAAAGAGCAAUGAAACAAGGAAAGCCGAUGGUGAGAAGGAGACACGGGUCCAGGCGGUGGAUUACCACUCAUCGGCGGUCCAGGGCCAAAUGGAGAGGCAGAGGGACGUGGAGGUGAUUCAUCAGCUUCAUCCAUCUGAUGGAAAUUCGGGGCAAGGUGGGGCGUUGGCCGGAGCCACAGCGGCGGUAGUGAAUUCGAUUCAAUCGGCCAAAGAUGCUAUCUCUGGCAAUGCAAGUGAGAGUAAGAAGACAUGAUGCUGAUGUAGUGCAAUGCAAUGUGGUGAUUUGAAUUCUGAUUGGGGAUAGUGGAUUUCCUUUCUUGGCAUUUUGAUAGUAAUCCAUCUAUUAUGUUAA